AUGAGAGUUCUUUUGAUACUUUUAUAUUUAAAAAGUUGCGUCACUUUCGAUAUACCUCAAAAUAAUUGUAAAACAGAUUUGUCUAUAGACAAUGAUCAUUACAAUGUUACGGAGAGCUACGAUCUGGGCAAUUCCUUUCCUAGUGACGCUCACUAUGAUACAAAUGGUGAUCUAUUCUUUGUGGAGUCCGGUCGUAAUUUGGAAGGAUAUUACUUUAAUAUAAAGACAAUUAAAGCAAAUACGACAUCAGCACAGGAAAUAUCGGGGCUUCCUCAGGGGGAGAGUUACUCUGUCGCUGUAGACAAAAAGAAUGAAAAAGUUUAUUUUGGAACUAGCAGAGGAAUAUUCCUUUAUAAACAUACAACUAAUGAAGCUACUCUCGUCUCGGAUCCAGAUUUAAGAUUAAACAUGCUCUUCAUAGACAAAGAUGGCAAUAAAUACAUAACUGACAGCCCUGACGGUGUGGAAGAAUUAUAUCUUUUGGCGGAAAACAAGAAAAUUCGUUUCAGUACCUUCGAAGAUCUGAACGAAAUGGCGGUAGACGGUAGAAAUAACUUCUAUUUCAUAAGAGAGGAAAAACUUUUUGUUCUAAAAUCCAAUUUGUCUAAACCAUUAUUCAUUGGUGAUGUUUCUUACGAAGGAUACGCUCAGAUAUCGUUUUAUAGGAACGUUGUUUACAUAGCCAGCGAAACUUUAUCAUACAUACACGAGAACGACUCCGGCCCACUUAAAUUAGUGAAAAAUAUCCCUGGGAAAGUAACGGCCAUUGCAUUCGACAAAACCGGCAAUUUCGUGCUCGGUACGAACGGGAAAUUUUUAAAAUACACCAAGAUAGACAAUAACGAUUGCUAUCACAGACGUAAUUAA